UCGGCAUCAGCAACAGGUCGUCGGUCUCUCGCGCGCGCUCGUACGUUCCUCUCAUUAAUAUCAGACGCGCCCGGCAAACGAAUCAGUCCCCACGUUGCGUCCGUGUCCACGCGUGUGUGUGGUUUUUUUUUUGUGUAUGUGUGUCUGUGCAUCUAUAUUCCCUAAUAUCAUUAUAAUAUUGUUUGCUAAUAAUUGAUAUUGUCAUCGUUACGAUCGCGCAAGACGAUAUUUUCAUUAAUUGUUGCACCGGAAAAUGUGAGACGAACGAUUCGCGUGUUCACUCCGAGUUCAGUGCGAUCCGCUUACGCGAUAUAUCAUUAUUAUACACCACAUACGGCAGCGGACAUCGCGUCAACACCCUGCUACCACCCCACGAUAUACCGCAAAUACCUACGUGAAAUCGCCCAGUGGUUUGUCGUCCGCGUUUGUUUGCGAUUUUCAAUUUUUUUUUUUUUUCCCCCAUCAGUUUUUUGAGUUUUUGUGCCGGUAUAUUAAACGUCCCGCCGUUUUCCAGCUCUCGCGUCGCCCCCGUGUGAGAAAAACGACAUAAUAUCAUUCGACAGAAGCCGCUGGAGAACAUGACCAUGUCCUGUCAAGACAUGGACGCUUUGGGCAUAUACAUGGAGCUUAAGCUCGACCCAUUCAUAAACGAAGACAUGAAAGACCUCUGGGACUCGGAUUUGGAUCAGGAUUUCAGCGACGCGCUGAGGGGCACAGAAGACGCGUCCGAUUGGCUGAUCGGCGGAAACGGCCGGUCGAAUUCUCACGUGGUACUGCACGACCGUCUGAUGACCGACGCGCUGUUGGGCAAUGCCCCUAUCAAGGCCGAACACUCGUAUUGUACCACGCACGGGUCUAGCGAAUCGCUGGACGCCAUAGAUUUGGACGAAGAUAGCAGUCAGGAUGGAACUUGCAAGCUGACGUUUGAUGAUGUGAGAUGCGAUCGUACCAGUAACAUUGAAAUGAUAAAUAUCAAAGAGGACACGACUUCAGUAAAAGACGAACCGAUGAGUGACCAGGAAUAUGUUGAGACUUCCUCUUGCCCGCCAUCACCGUGCUCUGCGUCUGACGAUACGCCCAGACAUUAUGGCAAGGUACAGAAAACCAGUUAUAAAGAACCCACCACAGUUGUAUUGACCUCAAGAGCUUUCCUUAACCAACCACACAGAUUAAUUGUCCCAAACUUCGGCUUGAAAAUGGACGGCACAGGUUUUUCACUGCCACCCACGCCACCUUCAUCCACGUCCAGCGACAGCGAGGGCGGUAACGUAUCACCGCACCACCGAUCGUCGCCCACGCGGCGAUUGUUCCUGUCGACGAUGUCGUCGUCGUGCUCGUCGUCCUCGUCGUCAGCCGCCGCCUCCGCCACCAUCACCAGCAGCCGGCAGCCCAUACAGACACCUUUGAUCAGCUGUCAGCCAAAAGGUUCUACCGGCGCACUGACGCUCACAGAAGAAGAGAAACGCACCCUGUUGGCCGAAGGCUACCCGAUACCUACCAGGUUGCCAUUGACCAAGGCCGAGGAGAAGUCAUUAAAGAAAAUCCGAAGGAAAAUUAAAAACAAGAUAUCGGCACAAGAGAGCCGACGCAAGAAGAAGGAAUACAUGGAUACUUUGGAGAGGAAGGUGGACAUUCUCGUCACCGAAAAUUGCGAGUAUAAAAAGAAAAUUGUAAAUCUCGAAGAGAGCAAUGGGUCCCUAGUCCAGCAAUUGCAAAAGUUGCAGAAAUUACUCGGGCUACAAGCAACCCACAUGAGUCAGCAACUGAAGACCAAAUAAUUACGAACUUACUAGUGGAGUAAAAACUGUACAUAACGACCAAUGGUG